ACAAAACAUUGCGCCUUGUCUAGGAUGAAGACAAUUCAUGCUCCUUGGUCUGUUGUUAUCUAUAUCCUUGGAUUGGACAGCUUUCAUGAACUGUCAUGUUUUCUGUCUCACUCUGUUACUGGAGGCCACGUGACCUUGCUAUCACGCGCCUUAAAAUUUUUCAUCCAAUCAUAUCUCGUCUAUCACGUGUGACCUUGGGAAAUAAAAUGGCAGCCCCCAGUUCGAAUAAGGAUGAGUUGAGCAUCGUCUCAAGAAUAUGGCCAAUCGGAAGUCAAAAAGUUCAAUGUGAAGCUCCCGGAGUCCACUUUAGUAAAAGAGCAGAGACUGAUAAACUAAGGGAAGUUUUCAAUAAGUAUGCUAGUGUGGAAAAGGCUGGGGAGAAGUUUAUGACCGCCAAUGACUUCAUCAAUAAAUAUAUUGGUGUGUUUAAAGAACAAGACCACAAUGAAUAUGCUGUGCAGCUUCUUGCCAAUUGUGCAGAUACAACCAAAGAUGGGUUUAUUUCGUUUGAUGAGUUCCAAGCAUUUGAAGCAUUACUUUGUUCUCCUGAUGCCAUGUAUGCUCUUGCCUUCGCAUUGUUUGACACCAAUGGGUCAGGGUUUGUUACUUAUGAUGAGUUUCAGUCAAUCCUGAUGUCUACCACAAAACACCAGGCUGUGCCAUUCGACUUUGAUUCUAAUUUUAUACAACUGCACUUCGGCAAGGCUAAAGGUCGCCAGAUCAGCUAUGCAGAAUUCACACAGCUUCUACAUGAUGUACAUGAGGAGCAUGCUCUCCAAGCCUUUCAUAAGUUUGACCCUAAAAGUACAGGGACCAUAUCAGCCCUGGACUUCAGGGAGAUCAUGCUGAUGCUGAAAAACCACCUCCUAACCCCCAUUGUCCAGGAGAACCUAGUAUCUGUUGCUGGGGGAGAGCGGGCCCACCAAGUCAGCUACUCUUACUUCACUGCAUUCAUCUCACUGCUCAACAACAUGGAGCUCAUCAAGAAUAUUUAUCUAGUCGCUACUAAUGGCAACAAACAAACAGAAGUAACAAGAGAGGAAUUCCUCCACGAGGCUCAGAAAUGUACGCAGAUAACUCCAAUGGAGAUCAACAUCAUGUUCCAACUGGUGGACUGCUUACAUCAGACUGGUCGUGUAUCGUUCCCUGAUCUAGAAGCAAUAGCACCAUUGGAGAUUGAGAAGAUGCCUUACAGGAUCCAGGCCAAAGCAAUACAGGAGAAAAUAGAAGACAUGGCAGCUGGGAGUGGGCGUAGUCCUGUGCUGGCAGUCCUGGAGAGUGCUUACAGAUUUGCACUGGGUGCUGUUGCUGGAGCUGUUGGUGCUACUGCGGUCUACCCCAUAGACUUGGUGAAGACACGUAUGCAGAACCAGAGGGGUAGUGGAACAUAUGUUGGAGAGUUGAUGUACAAGAACAGUUAUGACUGCUUUAGGAAGGUGCUGAGGUUUGAAGGCUUCACUGGACUCUAUAGAGGUCUUGCCCCGCAACUGGUGGGUGUUGCACCAGAGAAAGCCAUCAAACUUACGAUGAAUGACUUAGUUCGAGACAAUCUUCGUGGUAAAGAUGGAGAGUUGCCACUUUGGGCAGAGAUGGUGGCUGGAGGUACAGCUGGAGGCAGUCAGGUGGUGUUCACAAAUCCAUUAGAGAUUGUUAAGAUCAGACUCCAGGUUGCAGGAGAGAUUGCCAGUACAGCUAAAAGUGUCAGUGCGAUUUCUGUCAUCAAAGAACUAGGGUUUUUUGGACUUUAUAAGGGAGCAAGUGCAUGUUUAUUACGAGAUAUACCUUUCUCUGCUAUCUACUUCCCAAGUUAUGCCCAUGGGAAGAAGCUGUUGUCAGAUGAGAAUGGACACAAUCAUCCUUCGACUCUGUUUGCUGCUGGUGUUGUAGCAGGUAUCCCUGCUGCUGGAUUGACAACCCCAGCUGAUGUCAUUAAGACCCGACUCCAGGUAGCAGCCAGGGCAGGGCAGACAACAUACUCUGGUAUUAUGGACUGUUUUGUGAAGAUCAUGAGAGAAGAAGGUCCCAGGGCACUUUGGAAGGGAGCACCAGCCCGUGUGUUCAGGUCAUCUCCACAGUUUGGAGUAACUCUUCUCACGUAUGAGCUGCUCCAGAGGACAUUUUACAUCGACUUUGGUGGAAGGAGACCAGAGGGUUCACAAAUAUCUGCGAGCCCAGAAGAACUGCUACCAAUCAAUCCAGACCACAUAGGUGGAUAUAAACUAGCACAUGCCACUUUCGAUGGCAUCCAAUCCAAAUUCGGACUCUGUUUACCAAAAUUUCAAAAUCCCCACAAGAUACCAAACACGUGA